AUGAAAGCGUUCAUCAUUGUCUGCGCUCUUGUGGCCUUCGCUUCAGCCGGUAAUGAGAAGCGUGAGAAGCGAGGCUUCCUUAGCGGUCUUCACUCCAUUGACAGUCUUUCUUAUGGAGGCUCAUACGGUGGUAUCUAUGGCAGCAACUACGGUUAUGGUGGCUACUCGGGCUACUCUGCACCCGCCAUCAGUCACGCAGCACCUGCGAUAGGCUACGCAUCACCUGUGAUCAGCCACGCAGCACCUGCGAUCAGUUACGCAACACCUGCAAUCAGCCACGCAGCACCUGUCAUUAGCUACCCAGCAGCUGCUUUGAGCUACUCAGCACCAGCAAUCAGCUACGCUGCACCAGCUGCCAAAGUUGUGACUGUCAACAAAGUAGUCAACUCUCAGCGUGUCGUCGACGUCCCACAAAUCGUGAACGUGCGCAAAGUGGUGUCUGAGCCUCAAGUAGUGUCCGUUAACAAGGUAGUAGCCGCUCCCAGCUACAACGCCUACAACAGCGGACUCCCCGGGUUCGGAUACGGAACCGGCUACGACACCGGGUACGGCUACGGUUCCGAUUACGGAUACGGUUCUAAUUACGGAUACGGAUCCGGUCACACCGCUGGUUACUCUAGCAAUUUGUGUAACGCGCUGCGUGUCAACUCCGACAUAACUCAUCUCACGAACUUUGUCAUCUUACAAGUUCCCAAACGCGACGAAAUGAAAGCCUUUAUCGUUAUCUGCGCUCUCGUGGCCUGCGCUUCAGCCGCGAAUGAGAAGCGUGAGAAGCGAGGCUUCCUCAGCGGUCUCCACUCCAUUGACAGUCUUUCUUACGGAGGCUCGUACGGUGGUAUUUAUGGCAGCAACUACGGUUAUGGUGGCUACUCGGGUUACUCUGCACCCGCCAUCGGCUAUGCAGCACCUGCCAUAGGUUAUGAUGCACCUGUGAUAAGCCACGCAGCUCCUGUGAUCAGCCACGCAGCACCUGUAAUUAGCCACGUAGCACCUGUGAUCAGCCACGCAGCCCCUGUGAUCAGCUACGCAGCACCUGCAAUCAGCUACGCAGCACCUGUGAUCAGCCACGCAUCACCUGUGAUCAGCCACGCAGCACCUGUAAUCAGCUAUGCAGCACCUGCUAUUAGCCACGCCGUACCUGCGAUCAGCCACGCAGCACCAGCUGCCAAAGUUGUCACUGUCAACAAAGUAGUGAACUCUAAGCGUGUCGUCGAUGUCCCAGAAGUCGUGAAGGUGCGCAAAGUGGUGUCCGAGCCUCAAGUAGUGUCUGUUAACAAGAUCGUAGCCGCUCCCAGCUACAAUGUUUACAGCAGCGGACUGUCCGGGCUUGGAUACGGAUCCGGCUACGACGCCCUUCACGGUUACGGUUCCGGUUAUGGAUACGGUUCUGGUUACUCUAACGGUUGGUGCUCCGACAUCACUCAUCUCACGAACUUUGUCAUCUUACAAGUCUCCCGACGCGACGAAAUGAAAGCCUUUAUCGUUAUCUGCGCUCUCGUGGCCUGCGCUUCAGCCGGGAAUGAGAAGCGUGAGAAGCGAGGCUUCCUCAGCGGUCUCCACUCCAUUGACAGUCUUUCUUAUGGAGGCUCGUACGGUGGUAUCUAUGGCAGCAACUACGGCUAUGGUGGCUACUCGGGCUACUCUGCACCCGUCAUCAGUCACGCAGCACCUGCGAUAAGCUACGCAUCACCUGUGAUCAGCCACGCAGCACCUGCGAUAAGCUACGCAUCACCUGUGAUCAGCCACGCAGCACCUGCGAUCAGUUACGCAGCACCUGCAAUCAGCUACGCAGCACCUGCAAUCAGCUACGCAGCACCUGCAAUCAGCUACGCUGCACCAGCUGCCAAAGUUGUGACUGUCAACAAAGUAGUCAACUCUCAGCGUGUCGUCGACGUUCCACAAGUCGUGAACGUGCGCAAAGUGGUGUCUGAGCCUCAAGUAGUGUCCGUUAACAAAGUAGUAGCCGCUCCCAGCUACAACGCCUACAGCAGCGGACUUUCCGGGCUUGGAUACGGAUCCGGCUACGACGCCCUGCACGGUUAUGGUUCCAGUUACGGAUCUGGUUAUGGAUACGGAUCUGGUUACGGAUACGGAUCUGGUUACGGUUCUGGUUACUCUAACGGUUGGUGGUAAACGAUAAAAUAGCUGUUUUCCUAGUCAAAGUGUUAUGUAUAAGUUUUGUUUUAGUACAUAUUUUAAUUUAUGAUAAAAUACAAUCAUAUAUAUUUUCACA